CACUGUCUGGCAGUGUGCGGUUAGGGACGGGCGGGAGUGUCGAGCGGGACAGACAAGCAGGCAGGCUGAUGGCCGGUUUGUGAGUGUGUCGAGUCAUGCCAGCAGGCUCUUGUACUGUGUACUGGUUACCAAAGUUAUCGCCGUCUGCACAACCUCAGACACCGUCUGGUGCUCAGUCUUCGGCUCGCUGGGGGUGGCCGCCAGCAACUUGUUAUUACUGCUUCUGCCCGCAUGUCGUUGGUUUCUGGACAGUCUAUCCGCCCGCAACUCUCUUACACCUACACAUCUUCACUGCUAACAUGGAGACCAGGUACAAGAGUCGUGGUGUGAGUAGCCAGUGCCCACGGGCGUCUCGUUACUCCUCUUCUGCCUCAGCGUCGGGUGCGGCUACAGCUGCGUCCAGCUUGGAGCUGAGAGAGCUACGUCGACACAGUUACAAAGCUGCCGUCCUGCCCAACAAGUCAGCCUCGUACCUAGAACACCGACGCACCCGCAGCAGUCGGGGCAUGAACAUGGGGCAGAAGCUAUCAGGAGGUGUAAAGACUGUGAAUCAAGAGAGCCCUCAGCACUACAAGCCUGUAAUCCCUCGUGAACUAGCUCAAGAGUUUGCCCGCCCAACUCGCUUGGAUGCACUGUUGGACAUGCCACCCGCAAGUCGUGACUGCCAGAUUAAACACGCCUGGAAUGCAGAUGAUCGCUCAUUAAACAUCUUUGUUAAGGACGAUGACAAACUCACAUUCCACAGACAUCCUGUAGCCCAAAGUACUGACUGUGUACGGGGAAAGGUUGGUCUCACCAAGGGGUUGCACGUGUGGGAGGUGCACUGGUCUACUCGGCAGAGGGGGACGCACGCAGUAGUAGGUGUCGCAACGCUGGAAGCACCGCUGCAUUCAGUAGGCUACCAUAGUUUAGUUGGCAGUAAUGACCAGUCGUGGGGUUGGGAUCUUGGCCGAAAUAAGCUGUAUCACGACUCGAAGAAUAACAACGGUGUCACGUACCCAAUGUCACUCAAAGCUGAUCAGACAUUUAUUGUCCCCGACAAAUUUUUAGUUGUGUUGGAUAUGGAUGAUGGAACUUUAUCAUUCAUGGUAGAUGGUCAGUAUCUAGGCGUUGCAUUCCGCGGACUCAAGGGUCGGAAGUUGUAUCCUAUUGUGAGUGCGGUCUGGGGUCACUGUGAAAUUACAAUGAAAUACAUUGGAGGCCUGGAUCCUGAGCCCCUCCCUCUGAUGGACUUGUGCAGGCGGGUAAUACGGCAACGCGUAGGCAAGCACCACUUGGAGGAACGGAUCAAACACCUCAACCUGCCUCACGCCAUGAAGGUUUAUCUUUUGUAUCGGGACCGCAGAUAACAAACUCACCGUCUAGCGUCCGGCGACAAGUCAUUCACCAGCGAGUGACUACAAAUGUUUAACACUUUCUACUAGCUUCUCAAAUUUGUGUGAAACCUGUCUUGCCAAGAAACCCAUCAGAAAUCGAAAAUGGUAAAACAUGGUGAACCAAGUUUGUGGACUGACAAACAAUUUGUCAUUAAUCCCUCACUCAUUCCGUGUCAUCGUUUUGGCAAGUGCAUAUUUCUCUUUUAUACAUUUGCACAUGGAUUGCAAAAAAAGGGUCCCUCUUCCCCCCACUGCAUUGACGGCAAUUCUUAGAACUUUACUGGUGAAGUGGGAUUAUUCUAUUGAGAAGAUGAUGUGAUUUCGACAGUUUCGGAUUUCAGUAAAUGUGCAAGAAUUAUAACUUUUAAUUUUGGUGACAUUUUCUUCUUGUAUGUCGAGUAUGCACGUAACUUUUAAACAGUGCCCGAUCCAAAUCUUGUAGAACAGCGAGGUACUUCUAGUACAUAUGUGUGAAUGAAUGUGUGUACUACACGAACAAAGUAAACAUGUAGUAAAAGUAUCAUUGGAAGAUUAAGAUCAAAAUGUGAUUGAACCCUUGAGUUAAUAUUUAUAAUUGUUUGAAACUUGGACACCCUGGAAGUUUAAAUGAGAUCUACUUGUGGCUUCCAGCAGAGUACAUGAAGAAGAGAUAAGAAGGGAAGCACCAGAGGAUCAAGGCAAGAAUGUAAGUGUUUCUACCCCAUGUAACAUGUUUUAUGCCAUAGUAUUGGUGUUUGCAUCACAGAAGAUUCUGUUACCUAUUAUGCCAGUCUAAUUCAGCUGUAUACGUCAUAGAAGAUGCAAAUUCGACCUGUUUCUUUCAUUUACUGAAAGACAAUAUGAACAUUUUUUUUAAGUGCAAGUGGUAGCUUGUAUGUAUGUAUGAAUAAGCACACGGUUUCUGAUUAAGUAUAUUGUUCAUUUUAGGACAUUUUUUUUUCUAACAGCCAACUGAAUAGUGCAAUUUUAAUUUUUAAAAAUAACAGUGUAUGAUUUCAACAUUUGCUUGCACAAUUUAUAUGUUGAUGAUAUUUAGAUUUAUCAAAAGCAAAAUUAUUCCAUUCCACUUGAAUGUAUGUAGGUAAAUCAUGUGCAAAACUGACCAUUAGUUGUCUUUUGUAGGUCUGAGGGCAUUAUCUUGCCUCAGGCCAUUGUGUUCACUUCCAAAUGUUGGAUUCGUCGUCUUAUUUGCACUGCACUUUUCUUCACAGAUGUAAUCUUGUUUUCUGUGAAGAAAAAUCAUUUAUGUACAAAGAAAGUCUGAGAUGACACAUUGCAUAAUGGAAAUAAGUCCUUUAUGUGGCCAUAUUAAGUACUUAAGAGCUACAUAAUUGCUUAAAGGAAGCUAAAAUUCAGGAAUUCUAUUUAUAUUGACUAUAUGUUAUACUUUUAUUCCACUGUCAGUGUUGAGAUUCCAUAUAUUGGAAAGGAUGUUCCACAUAGUUCAUGGGGUUUCAUCAACAAAAUUAAUAAAGUAAAUAAACUAACUAACUUACUAGAUGGCUUACCGAACCCGAAGGUUCAUCA